AUGAAUAGUUUACUUUUAUUUUCACUUUUACUACUAUUUCACUCCUUCUCCCAAGCUAUUACAAUAGAUGGCUUGGUCAUCAAAACCGGAGGAAGCUUAGAUGUUGAUACGUACGAGAUUAAUGGAGCCUUGUCUCUUGUUGAUAUUGACAAUGCCAACGUUGGGGAAAUGCUCAUUAAUCCUGAUGGGGAGUUCUAUUUCACAACAACAAAAUCAACAACUUCUUCAUUACAAAUUGGGAACUUUGAGAACCAUGGACUAGCAUACAUAAACACGUUGUCUGGCAAUGCUGAUACCAUUCUGUUAACCAAUGUUUAUAAUUAUGCUACAUUGAUCGUGAAUUCUGGUUCGACUGUUAAUUUCGUUGGGCUCACAAAUUCCGCUGACGGAACCAUUUUCCUUCAUGGAGAGGAAGGUGCCCAGACUAAAAUGUUUCAACAGAGUCCACUCAACAAUAUUGGUGCAAUAUGUCUUUCCAACGUUGAUUUGACCUUAGAUUCAACUGAGACAUUUGCAGGGUACUUAAGAUUUAGGGCACUUGAGGAUACUUCAUGCCUUAGCUUGUUAGAAAACUCUAGCCUCCGUCAAACAGGAGAUAUAGCUUCGACGAUAUGUCUUGGUAACGGUGCUGCUUUUUAUAUGUCAACUACGCGUGGCACUGCAACCUUAAUUGCCCAGUUUGGAGGAAAUAACGUAAUUUAUAUUGACACAGAUAAUGCCGUCGAGACAACUCCUGUCUAUUCAGGGAGAUUCUUGAGUAUUACUGAUGGAGGUGGUAUAACUUUUGUUCUCAAUAUUGGUACUGGCUAUGAUGACGUUAGUGUUGAGGUAGAACCUGGGGUUGGAUAUGUUAUAACAAACCCUGAUAUCCCAGAUGGAGCCAAUGCCUGCAAUUGUGUUUGUAACGAACCACUUGUCGUGGUUCCUACCGAAGAAACUACAUCAACUGCUGAAACUUCAACUGAACCAGAAACUUCAACUGAACCAGAAACUUCAACUGUUGAAACCUCAACUGAACCAGAAACAUCAACUGAACCAGAAACAUCAACUGAACCAGAAAGUUCAACUGAACCAGAAACUUCAACUGCGGAAACUUCAACUGAACCAGAAACUUCAACUGAACUAGAAACUUCAACUGAACCAGAAACUUCAACUGCUGAAUCUUCAACAGAACCAGAUACUUCAACUGAACAAGAAAGCUCAACUGAACCAGAAAGCUCAACUGAACCAGAAACUUCAACUGAACCAGAUACUUCAACUGAACCAGAAACUUCAACUGAACUAGAAACUUCAACUGAACCAGAAACUUCAACUGCUGAAUCUUCAACAGAACCAGAUACUUCAACUGAACAAGAAAGCUCAACUGAACCAGAAAGCUCAACUGAACCAGAAACUUCAACUGAACCAGAUACUUCAACUGAACCAGAAACUUCAACUGAACUAGAAACUUCAACUGAACCAGAAACUUCAACUGCUGAAUCUUCAACAGAACCAGAUACUUCAACUGAACAAGAAAGCUCAACUGAACCAGAAAGCUCAACUGAACCAGAAACUUCAACUGCAACUGCUGAAACUUCAACUGAACCGGAAACUUCAACUGCUGAAACUUCGACUGAACCAGAAACUUCAACUGAACCAGAAACUUCAACUGCUGAAGCUUCAACUGAACCAGAAACUUCAACUGCUGAAACUUCUACUGAACUAGAGUCUUCAACUGAUGAGACUUCAACUGCUGAAACUUUAACUGAACCAGAGUCUUCAACUGAUGAGACUUCGACUGCUGAAACUUCAACUGAACCCGAAUCAUCAACAAAACCAGAAACUUCAACUGAGCCAUUAGUUUUAAGUUCAGCAGAAUCAGAAACUUCAACUGACGAGAGUAAAACUGAACCCGAAUCAUCAGCAAAACCCGAAUCUUCAACUGCGCCAUUAGUUUUAAGUUCAGCAGAAUCAGAAACUUCAACUGACGAGAGUACAACUGAACCUGAAUCAUCAACAGAACCAGAAACUUCAACUGAGCCAUUAGUUUUAAGUUCAGCAGAAUCAGAAACUUCAACUGACGAGAGUACAACUGAACCCGAAUCAUCAGCAAAACCCGAAUCUUCAACGGCACCACUAGUUUUAAGUUCAGCAGAAUCAGAAACUUCAACAGAACCAGAAAUUACAACUGAUGAUACUUCAACUGUUGAAACUUCAACUGCUGAACCUUCAACUGAACCCGAAUCAUCAGCAAAACCAGAAACUUCAACUGAGCCAUUAGUUUUAAGUUCAGCAGAAUCAGAAACUUCAACUGACGAGAGUACAACUGAACCCGAAUCAUCAGCAAAACCCGAAUCUUCAACGGCACCACUAGUUUUAAGUUCAGCAGAAUCAGAAACUUCAACAGAACCAGAAAUUACAACUGAUGAUACUUCAACUGUUGAAACUUCAACUGCUGAACCUUCAACUGAACCCGAAUCAUCAGCAAAACCAGAAUCUUCAACUGCGCCACUAGUUUUAAGUUCAGCAGAACCAGAAACUUCAACAGAACCUUCAACCCCCCCCGGCCAAACUGAGAUUACUACUCAAACUAUUAUUUUUACUGAAACUACUAUCGAAACUGUAACUGUGUGUACAAAAGAAACUACCCUUACUACUGCCAUUACUGUAACCACCGGAACAAAAACAUAUACUACAGAAAUCAUAACUGUCAUUCCUACCACAAUUACUGAAACGAUUACCAUCACAACCGAUGUACCAAUUGCUACAGUUUCUGUUCCUACAACAAAUAACCCUGUUCAAUCACCGGCUAAAACCCAGUUUGCAACAGAAAUCACGCCAGUCCAAACCGAGAUUCAAACUAUUAUUUUUACUAAAACUACUAUCGAAACUGUAACUGUGUGUUCAAGAGAAACUACCCUUACUACUGCCAUUACUGUAACUACUGGAACAAAAACAUAUACUACAGAAAUCAUAACUGUCAUUCCUACCACAAUUACUGAAACGAUCACCAUCACAACCGAUGUACCAAUUGCUACAGUUGCUGUUCCCACAACAAAUCACCCUGUUCAAUCACCAGUUAACACAAAUUAUCCAGUUCAAUCACCAGCUAAAACAAUCACCUCAGUCAUUACCCAGACAUCCAAGGCUGUGAUUACUACUCAGUCCACUAUAUAUGUCCAAACUACGAUUUCAACUACAACUGUUUGUCUACCAGCAAUCACCGAAACAAAUGUCGUAACUAUGUCGAGUGCUGGUAAAACUUAUACUACAGAGAAGGUCACUGUUGUUCCACCAUUUGAUUGUGAAACAGUUGCUAUUGCUACAUACGUUCCAGUUGAAACUGUUGUGGUCUAUACUUCUGAGGCUAUAUUGGUCACUACUGUUACAGUUGUUCCUUCAGGAAGUGAAUCUUCUGCGCCAGUGUCCCCAAAUGCUCCUGCUGCUUCAACAAAUGUCCCAGCUUUUUCAACAGACUUAUCAGUUGUACCACCAAGCUAUCCUGUUUCAAGUUCCUCAGAUACAGACCACCCAAUUCCAUACUCUGUUCCUCCAGUAGAAGGGUUAGGUUCUAGGAAGAUUGGAAGUGCCUUGGUCGUUGGUUUGUCAAUCCUUGCUUAUUUUGUUUGA